AUGCAUUUCGCACUACCCCCACGAAAGACGUCGAUUCCUCCGCCGUACAUGCCUCGGUCGAACCGUCUACCCAUGCUACGGAGAAGCCGCUUCAAGCUCAUCGCGAUCACGGGACUGUUCUUCUUGACGGUAAUAUACCUGCUCACCCGCGGCAAUGGGCAUCCAAAGCUUAAGAAGCGCAUGCCUACUGGUAACCCGCCGGUGGUGGUGGUGACGGUGUUCGACGAGGCCAAGUACGGCAAGGGGUACAUCGACACGAUCAAGGAGAACAGGAUAGAAUAUGCCAAGAAGCAUGGAUAUCAAACGUUCUUUGCCAAUGUCGGCGACUAUGAUCUGAAGGGUGCGCCGGGAUCGUGGACCAAAGUGGUGGCCAUGCGCCAUGCUCUCACCAAGUAUCCCGAGGCCUACUUCCUCUGGUAUCUGGACCAGAACGCCUUCGUGAUGAACCCGCAGCUGAAGAUUGAGGACCACAUUAUGAAGACGGCCAAGUUGACGGACCUCAUGAAGAAGGACCAUCCCGUUGUCCCGCCAGACAGCAUCAUCAAGACAUUUUCCCACCUUACCGGGCAGGACGUGGACUUUAUUCUCACGCAGGACAAGGACGGGUUGUCUGUUGGGAGCUUCAUCGUUCGCAACGGAGAAUGGGGCGAGUUCUUCUUGGACACUUGGUUUGAUCCUAUUUACCGGAGCUACAACUUUCAGAAGGCCGAGACACACGCCUUGUGGCAUCCCACCAUUCUCGCCCGUCUCGCCAUCAUCGAUCAGCGUCUCCUGAACUCCUACAGCCAAGGCAACAAGGGUGAUCAGUACAAGGACGGAGACAUCGCCGUCAGGCUCGUCGACUGUGUAUCAGCCGGGGCCAACGCAUGCGAGACCGAGUCUCAAAGAUUUGUCCAGCAAUGGCGAACCUCUUUUGGCAAAUCCUGA